AUGUCCUCCUUCUUCUCUUCCAAAAAGUCCUCGGCUGCUUCAUCAGCCACAUCAGGGGCACACGGGAAAGGCGGCCCUACGCGCGGGGACGAGUCUCGACCGGGAACGCAUGAGAUAUUCCUUACUCCUCUCGAGGGGAAUAAACCGACCAAGAAGUGGGCGUAUGAUGAGGGUCAGAUGAAGCAGUACACAACCUCCAUCAUCCUUCCCGAAUCGGACGCCUACUAUCCUUGGGAGCUACGCUUCCUCGCGGACCCCGGGACGCACCCGCGGUAUAUGCGCGCGGGGAAGUGGAAGUUGGACGAAGCGAAGCGGAGGAUCAAGGGGACGAUGGAGUGGAGAAGGGAGUUUCAGCCGGAAUUGAUUAGCCCGGAAGAUGUGGGCGUGGAGGCGGAGACGGGAAAGAUUAUUCUUUCCGGAUUCGACAAGGACGCUCGACCGAUCAUCUACAUGCGUCCCGGACGGGAGAACACUGAGACGAGCCCCCGACAGAUCAGGCAUCUUAUCUACAAUCUCGAACGAGCCAUUGACCUCGCUCCUCCGGGCCAAGAACAAGUCUGCAUCAUCGUCGAUUACAAAUCCGCUACUUCUUCAUCUACACCUUCGAUCGGAACUGGGCGGAAAGUGUUGGGUAUUCUGCAGAACCACUAUGUCGAGCGUCUUGGGAGGGGUAUUGUCACCAACAUGCCGUGGUGGAUGAACGCAUUCUUCACUGGUAUCACACCCCUUAUGGACCCCAUUACUCGCGAGAAGAUCCGCUUCAACCCCAACAUGCUCGAGCUCGUCGACCCAGAACAUCUCGAUACUGAGUUCGGCGGGACCUACAACCUCGAAUACGACUACGCCACGUACUGGCCAAAACUCACCAAAUUCUGCAACCUCGCCUCAGACGGAACUCGGGUCAACGACGAGGGCGAAGCCUGGAUCCCACCUCUCGGGAACGGUAUCAAAGCCGCCUCGGACGGACUCCUCCCGCACAAAGACGCGGUCACUACCGGACACACUACCCAAAAUCCCGAAGAAGCCGCCCUUCCGCACGGAGAGGAGAACCUUCCGUCCAAAUUGCGGUCGAGAGCUAACACGCUCAAGUCGGCACCCCAGACUCCGGGCCUGUCUGGCGGGUCGGCGAGUGGCGCCGGAGAGACGGGACUGGAGAGCGCGACGAGUAAGCUGGCGGUCGGAGAGGAGAUCCCGGAAGCUGCGACGAAGCCUGGGCCGCCGGCGGGGGAUCUGGUAUUCGAUCACCCGCCGAGCAAGAAGGAGAAGGAGAUUGCGAAGUCGAUUAUGGAUGGGGAGAAGAAGUAG